CGACAGUCACCGCAUCGGGGGGAAGUGGAUGCACAUAAGGAUGAAGACCUCUGGUGGCACAAAUCCAGCAGUAGGAGGCGGGAGCCAGUCCUUUGGGGACUGGUACACGCAAUACGCGGCUCAACAACGGCAAGAAGAAGGAAACGGCGACAUCGAAUCUGGCCUGCUUGGCAACGUGGGCCGUUUUUUCCGUGACAGGGGCCUGGGGGAUGCCCACGACCAAGUCUCUGGCUUUGCCGACCGGUUUAUCACCAGCAUCCGUGGGGACGGGGAGGGAAACGGAGGCCUCGUAGGAGGGGCGAAGGCCACUGUGGAGAGCACCUUGAACUACGGUGCACGUCUGCGGGGUUUCGUGGCAUUGCUGCUGGUGGGCAUUUUGUUCUACCUCCUGGCCUUCUUCGUGGGCCUUCCUGUCAUCGUCUUCCGACCCGCCAAAUUUGCACUGAGUGCAACCUUGGGCAGCCUGUGUACCAUGGGAAGUUUCUCGGUCCUGGUCGGCCCCCGCGUCCAUUUGCAAUCCUUGUUGGUAUGGGAACGCCUCCCGUUCGCCGUCGCUUACCUGGGCUCUUUGGUUCUCACCUUGUACGCCUCCUUGAUCUUGCGGAGCUACCUUUGGGUGGUCGCUUCCACGGGAUUUCAAAUUGGGGCUUUUGUGUGGUACCUGCUCGCUUUCCUGCCGGGGGGACCGGCAGGCUUGAGGGUGUUAGGCGGCGUGAUGGUGAGAGGGGUGAUGGGGUGCGGGAAGACCUUGACCUGGUGUCUGUCAAUCCUAGUGUCAUGA